UUUUGUCAAAAAAUCAUAAAAUUGUUUUGCGGGACUUUAUUACAAUUUAAGCAAGUUAUUUGUAUUUAAAAAACGUGAAUUUACUUAGCAAUAGCAGAAAGAUGUCAAGUGCGGCGGCAAAAAAGCGCUUCAGAGCUCUGAGAGAGCUGGGAGUGGAGCCGAUUUUGGCUUCAACACUGGCAGUUAAGAGCUUCGCUGAGCUGAAGCAGAUGGGGUACAAGUUCUUCUCGCAACCUGAAUCUGGGCGCAAACCGGUAAAACGGGUUCGCUCGGAGGAGGAAUCGCCAAAGGGACAUAUUACCAAAGUCCCAAAGCAUAAAAAAGUUUAUAAAAUAAUGUUAAAAACAGAAAUUAAAAGUGAAUACGAUACUGCUAUGCAGCCCCAGUGCCGUGCGUGUCUUAGUUUAAGUAGAAAAUUAAUUCCAAUAGGAGAAUACAGUCGUAUUUACUGCAAAUUACUAUUAGAAAAUCAAUAUGAGUCUAUUCUGCCCUCUGAAGACAUACAGCUAUGUUGGGAAUGCAUCGGCCAACUGAGGAAACUUACACAAUUCCAACGUCAGGUCCGAAAGGCAAACAAUAUGAUUCAAACGUGCCAGAAUUUCAUGUUCGGCACCCUUUCAAAUCUAACAACAGUCAUCAUGAACGAUACAUACCCUAAUAUCAUCUAUGUAAACAAUACUAACAUAGAAAAUGAUGUAGAUAAUGAAAAUAUCAAUCAUAAAGACGAAUGUGAUAGUGUUAAUAAUGAUAAUGAUGCAUUUAAUGACGAUAAUGAUUCAUUUUUUAAAGAUAAUGAUAGUAAAGUUGACAUCAAAGUUGAUAAUACAGUUUUAAAUGAUACUGUGAACGAGAAAAAAGAAGUAAAUAUUGAUAAUCAGAACGAAAUUAAAAGAAAAGUGAAAUACAGAAAUAAGUGGGCAGAGAAGAGAGCUCGCCUAAAUAAGAAACCUAAAUUCAAAGUUCUUACUUACAAAGAACUGACGGUCGAUAAGUAUUUUAGAAGAGAACAGAUAGAUGUAGAGACUUCCAUGAAAGAAAGAGACGGUGAUGGUUUUGUAAAGGGUAUGUGUGGAAAAUGUGGAAUAACAUUGAAAGAUGAGGGUAUGCUGUUGAAACAUACAUGCCAUAAAAAGACUACAGGAACAUACAUCUGCGACGUAUGCAAUAGACGAUUAUCACAAAAAUCCCAACUCCUACGUCAUAUAAGAAGACAUUUCGUCAAAUACUACUGUAAGCUUUGCAAGUUCAGGUGUAAGAUUAAGGAAGAAGGAAUGAAACAUUUGGUCAACGAUCAUAGAAAAGUGUUUCAAUGCUUGAAGUGCGAGUUAGCGUUUGCGAGCAGACAAGAGUUCUCCCAGCACUACAAGGAGUGGCACGAGAAGUUUGUGUGCGACCACUGUGGAGUCAGCUUCAAGAUGAGGUACUGCAUCAAGGAUCACAUCAGGAAACAGCAUUCGCCAUUCGAGUGCGCGCCCUGCAAUAAGAAAUUCGCUCGCUACAACGGACUGUGGUUCCACAAUAAGGUGUGCCAUCCUCCGCCCAGCGACGGCCCACCACUGGGCGCGUACUGCGUGGAAUGCGACAAGCGGUUCCCAGACGUGUACAGGUACAAGUGGCACCUACAGAACAGCGUCAAACACACGCCCAAGAAGAAAAUACGAGUGCCAUGCCCAGAUUGCAGCAAGGUAUUCUCAAAGAACAUAUACAUGAAGGAUCACUACAAUCUUGUUCAUCUGAAGAACUUUAAGUACAGAUGCGAAGAAUGUGACAAGAAUUUCGUCCGUAACGCUGACCUGGUGAAACAUCGGCGGAAGAUACACGAGGGUAUUCUGCCACCGAAGAAUAAGAUAUGCUACGUUUGUGGGAGAGGAUUUACGACCAACGAGAUACUAAGCCACCACCUCCGAACUCACUCGGGCGAGCGGCCGCAUCAGUGCACAGCCUGUCCUGCGGCCUUUGCACAGCGCGCCGCUCUGCGCGCUCACAAGCGUACGCCGCAUCCUUCCACGCGCAAGUGAACUGUUUUAACGCAAUAAUCAUACGGUACAAUAUACACACAUAGCUUACUGUCUAAGAAUAAAGUCAGUAAAACACUUGAAUCUUUCCUUUCUUUAGGCUUUUAUAAGUCAGGACAGGAUCUCUUUUAUUUAAUAUCCGGUUCGAAGGACCGAUUUAGUUUUUUCUAGUAACUGUCACAGAUUGACUCGAAUAUAAUAGUCAUUAAACACUUGAGCUCUUCUUUUGUUUUUAAUAUGUCUAGACCUUUUUUCUUUAGCAUCCGCUCGAAGGACCAAAUGUUUUUUUUUGUGACUUACGCCUUCUGCUCAGUUUUGAUUGUUACAAAAACCAAAAGAGGCAGGGCUAAGUAGCUUCAUAAUUACAAGCGUACGUCGCACCCUGCCACGCGCAAUUGAACUGUCUUAACGCUAUACACAAACGGUACAUGUUGCUAGAGUAAAGAAAACAUGAAUAUAAUAGUUAAACACUUAAGUUGAGCUGUUCUUUUGUCUUAUAUCUAGCUCGUAGAACCAAAUUCGUUUUUUCUAGCAUCCUACCACGCGCAAGUGAACUGUCUUAACGCUAUACCCAAACGGUACGAAACAUAAACACAUAAGUUAUUGCUUGAAAAUAAAGUCAGUUCAAUAUUCGAGUAUGUUGCUCUUAUUUCUGUAAUAUCCGGCUUGAAGGACCAAAAAGUAACAGAACAACAGAACCUAGUCAAGAUUUCAUAUGAGUAUUGUAAUAAUAUAGAACUAUCUUUCUUUAUGUACUCGUAGGUAUGUACUUAUUAUAUGCUUUGUAAACAAUUUUAUGGUAAAUUAUUUUAUGAUAAUAAUAGCACAAUAGUCACGCAAUUAUAAUAAGCCUUUUAUGGUCGAAAUCAUCAUUUAUUUGUUCCACUGUUGUGGUAACGUUAUUUAAUGUUGUCGGUAAUACGGAUAACGGCAAUAACAUAACGCUACUAAUAUACAGGGUGUGAUGUAGUGGUUCUUGCAACUCACGAAGGCGAGUGAGCUUUACUUGUGUGUUUAAGU